UCUUCUAUUCGGAUGGUUGAUUAAAAUCUUGUCCGUAAUAAAAGUGGUUUUAAAAAGUAUUUUUAUAAAGUUUAUCUCAUUUUUUAUAGUUUGCUAAAAAAGGGAGUCCCUUAUCAAAAAUGCAUGAUCGGUGAUUUGUUUAGUUAGAAACUAAAACUGAAAUUUAUUAUGCUGUUUGGAAAGACAAACAUACAUAAUAUUGUACGAAUACGAGAGGUGGGGUAUUUGAAACACGAAAAGGGGUUGGAGAGGCAAAGUGUAAUAAUUAUGUUCAGUGCUUUGUGGAGCAGUUCUUGAAUAUAUUUGCGAUUUUGAAGCACAAAUGUCUGUAAUGUCAUUGUAAAUAGAUACCAAAAUUAGGUUCAAUAUCCAUUUUGGGUCUUGGCCACAUCGACAUCGAGAAAAACAAAACUUAUUCGCAAAUGUUCAGAACGACGUCUACGCAAAAACAAAAAACAGCAACUAAUCACACUCAUUGGUGACCACUAUAAAAUUGAUAAGAAUUACAUUUCAGAAGCUAAGUUGAUAUCUUAAGCCAAACAAGGCAGGCAGAACCACUGCCUAUCAAUAAACAUUUUUUAUAUACUAAAUGAGUUGGCUUCGCUCUAGUCCGCUGCGGCAGAGCCUAACACGCAGCAGCGGAAAUAGCGCACCAUUUUUCGCCUCUUUAAAUAGAGACAAUAAUACAGGCAGUUCUAGCACAGCAAAUGCCUUAAGACAAAGGCCGAUCGAUGCCGCCAUGGACUGUGAUCCUCGAGCCUGUUAUGAUAGCUUUUGCAAGCAUUGGCAACAGGCCUACGAUAUCAUACAACGGUCUGAGCCACCGCAACGACCACCAUCACACGAUGAUGUCUUAGGCGUGGUGUCCCAUCUAGAUUUUAUGGUGACACUACUGUUAGUAGAACUACAUCACUGCAACAAAGUGUCAAUACCUACCGCAGAUGCCGCACCACCACCUGCGCCAUGCUUAGAAUAUAUGCUCAGUGAAAACCUGCUUGAUAAGCUAUACGAAUGGGGAUGUACAACGGGACGGUACGCCAAUGCCGUGCGACUUGAACAAUUGAAGUUAUAUGAACUACUUGUUAGCCACUCUCGACACCAACUACUCUGUCACGAGCCAUUCCUGCGGCCGCUUUUGAAGAUACUCGCAUCUAGCCAGGGGGAAAUCUUUCCGCCAGAUUUGGAGAAGCGCUUAGUUAUAUUAUUGAAUCAACUGUGCGUGGUUUUAAUGCAAAAUGUGCAUCUGCUCGAUUUGUUUUUCUUUUCGGCGGCACAGGAACAACACAAACAAACGUCCAGUGGUUACGGCGAAGAGCUGCAACGUAGUAGCAGUAGCAGUUCCAGCACUAAUUUCAUUAUUUUUUCGCUACUUAUACCGUAUGUGCAUCGAGAAGGUAGCGUCGGCCACCAAGCCAGAGAUGCUCUGCUGCUCUGUAUGGCGUUGUCGCAAAAAAAUUCAAAUGUCGGCACAUAUAUUGCACAAUAUUCAUCAAUGUGCCCGCUAUUGGUAACCGGCUUAGGCGGUUUAUAUUCGCGCCUGCCCAACUCCAUUGAAAUAACAUCGGUUGACUGGCAUCGCAUAACACCGGACGACGUAACAGAAAUUCCCGAACUAACUUUGUUCAUGAAUGCGUUGGAGUUCUGCAAUGCCGUGGUGCAGGUGGCUCACGAAAUGAUCAAAAGUCAGUUGUUAGAUUUUCUUUACCAGGGCUUUAUUGUGCCGGUGUUGGGGCCGGCAGUAUUACAGACAUUGAAAGGCAAACAUUUCCAGACAAACGUUGAAUCACAAAUAUCAGCAAUGUCCUAUUUGGAUUUAAUUUUGCGAUCCAUAACUGAGCCUGGUUUGUUGCGCGCAUUUGUCAAAUUCCUUUUGGACACCGAAAAGUUCGACGGCGAACGUAUAUUGGACACAUUAAUCGACCGUCUGGGCUCCACGGACGCAAAUCUAUGUAUGGUAACAAUGGCAUUGUUCGACACAUUACUUUCGCUACACUGCGAAGAUCUGAUGCUGGAGCUGUUGCUGAAGUACAUACUGCCGGGGAAACAUGUGCCUAUUUCACAUCGACACAAAAUCAACCGAAUAGACCCGUACAUAAACACGGCCGAAUUCUUUUUAGAUCUUACGCCAGACGCCAUGAAACGCGCAAGAGAAUUAACCAAGCACAAAUCACUCGGUGACACAGUGACGACACAGCCAUCCCACCCAGCCCUACCCUCACCAACGUCGACCAUGAGUAAAACCAUUGGCGCCAAUUGGAAUUACUAUGGUUUGCAUACUGGCAAUAGCCUCUACGCCAACUUCCAUGCGUAUCUAUUUGAGGCGCAUUGCCGCAUCACACAAUGUAAGAACGCCUGUUCCAAAUGGGCCAACACAUACAAAUACCAAAAGUGGCCGACAAGAAAUGCACGCGCACAGCACGCACAACUACUGGAGAUGGUAAAACAGUUUUUCAACGAAUUUAGUGUAAAUGCAUUGUCUGAUGCAACGCACGCAUUUGAAAGUUCUAAUGGCGUUACAAACGCCAGAGUUAUAAUGGAAAAAACACAACCUGACAGUCUGCAGUCCAUUGGCGAAUCAAGUGGUUAUGAGUCGUUCAAGUGGCGGCCAGUCGACGAGGAUGGCGGUGAGUGUAAUGACUCUGCCGCCAAUACCGCAAUGCAUUUGGCAAUAUCAAGUGCUGCCGAGGCUAGUGAGCUGGACAAUAGUGGAAGCAGCAGCAAUAGCAAUAGUUUGACUGGAAAGCAAUACAGAAAAGAAGUAUGGCGCGUCUCAAGCAACACGAAUGAUAUAGUACUCACGGAUUUGGAUUUUUCGGAAGAUCUAUUCGCGCAAGGGACAGUAAGUUUGGGUCCCUUCUUGAAUGCUAUAUGGGGUAAACUGCAAACGUUCACCAGCAACAGCCUAUACGUAAAUUUGCAUCUUACCGGCUUGAUUACGCGCCUCGCCUGCUACCCGCUUCCACUUGUGCACUCGAUUCUAUUGCGACCGGACAUAGUAAUCACUUCGGACACACCGUCUUUCCAUCAAAUGUUACGCAUACUUAAGCAACAAAUCGAUGCGGAAUUGCCCAUGUGUGAGGAUUCGCUUGAAAUUGUCGAUGUGGCGCGCUCUUAUCUCAUUGACCGCGAAUUCCGUUUGAUAAAUGCACGCAAGGCGACAGAUAACUCGCCAGUGCAUAUUGCCAAAAACGCGCUGCCGCAGCAACAGAAACAUUUCAGCCAACAAACGACAUUCGGCAACAUAUCGUCAGCAACGCCAAUACAAGCGACACCCUCCUCGUCGUACGAUCCCUUCAAACGGAACGACAAUAAGCGCAAAAGCAUCAGCAAGUCCAUAACUAGUAUGUUUAGUCGCAAAGCUAGCGCUUCAUCUGGCUUAUCACAAAUUUACGCAUUCUUCACCGGUGGUUCUCUAGGCUCCUCCUUCUCCAGUAAUGGCAAUGGAUCUAUAUCACAACAACAAGGCGCUACAAAUCCACAUAGCACACGUGAAACUAGCUUAACGACAAUGGCCCUCCCAACUGCGAACUCGUUUGAGCAACCAACUGCGGCCACGCAGGCAACGCACAGUAGCCAAACUUUAGGUGGCGCAACAACAUCAGCUUCCGGUAUGGCAAACAACAAUAUCACGCACAACACGCAGCAUACACAUACAUACACACACCACAACAAUGCGAUUGGAUCGAGUACGAUGCUUGUAACGAGCACUGGUGCCGGUUCGGAACCCGUCUCAUUGGACUCGCUCUCAUCCAUGGGCGCUAUAGCCAGCACAAGCGGCACAGAACGCACAAGAGAUCUGGCACUAUGUGCUGUUCUACUUGACGAAUGGCUAAAGGAGUUGGCAGCGAUUGCACAGGAGCAGAGUGUGGUUUUGAUUAACGAUAACCUUUGAUGGUGGGGUAAACAGGGUCGCAAGCGAAAGCUGUGUUGUUGACCGGAAGUGGUUGUUUUGCUGUGGAGCACACACACACAUAUAAAUAAAUAUACAUAUUCGUGUGAGAAAAGCUUUAUCCUUAAGGUAAACACAUAUGGUUGCACAGAACAAUGCCAAUUGAGAAAAUAUUAUAUACAAAUUGUACCGUUCAUUUCGUCGAAGAGCAAUUUCCAGUUACAUUGUACCUACAUUACAUAAUUAUUAAUUGUCUUUCCCUAUUUUUACAAAAAAAAAAUUUAAUUGUAAGUUUUAGCUACACAAGAAAUCUGUACACAAAGUGAAUGAUGCUUUCAUGAAGAAAUUUUGAGAUUCCCUGCUUGCAACGCUGCAAAGUAUUUUAUAUUUGUUUGUCUAUAUUAUAAUUUGUCAUAAUUUAAAUUAAACAUAAAUUUGUAUGUAUUGCAUAACGGAUUGCUAUCAAGAAGAUCAAAAAGAGAAAAUUAUUAACUGCUUAUAAUUUUGUAUUUUGAUAUAGAAUAUUAAAUUAAGAUUAGGCCGAAAAAAUGUAAGACAAAAGCGAACAAAGCAGAAAGUGCCUC